AUGUCGUAUCAGACACGUAUAGGUCUGAUCCAGACAGCAGCAAUACAAUACCUUCAUCUUCAUGGUGGCGCGCGCUCCCGUAUGUCGUAUCAGACGAGGUCCUCCCGCAUCCUGCGGGUGAAGUCGUCGGCGUGCUCCUUGGUGACGCAGCUGGCCAGAAGCCGCGUGCCGGCGAGCGGCGCGGGCGCCCUCAUGACGAUGACCGACGCGAUGAGGUCGCAGUUCACCAGCGGGCCGGCGGACAUGGGCGUGCCGUACCCGUAG